AUGGCAGGGCUUCCAAGAUUUGUAGUGCUAAAAUCCUUGAACCACAAAUGCUUGUGUUUAACAAAAAAUGUUCCAUAUGAGCCAGCAGGGUUCAUGAAGUGCAUUAGAGAACAAGUUGUGAGUCCACAGGCAAAGUUUGAAGUGGAGAUGGCAAAGACUGGGAAUGGACUGGUGCACAUAAGAUGCUGCUACAACAACAAGUACUGGGUGACAAACCAGGCUGCCAGGGAUGAUACAGUUUGGAUAGUUGCGUCCGCGGACAAACCAGAGGAAGACCAAUCAAAAAGCUCCUGCACCUUGUUCAAUCCUAGGUUUGCAGAAGGCCAAACACAAGUCCGAUUUAUCCACGUCCAACUCCGGAUCUCCGUAUCCUUGUGGAAGAGUGCUACUACAUUCGAGAAUGCCUUAUAUCUAGGAGGACGCGGCGAUGUUUUCGAAGUUGUUGACUGGGAAUCGCUGGUGAUACUUCCCCCACGGGUGGCCUUCAAAUCCUUAGAAGAUGGCAGUUACCUCUGUUCCCGCUGGAUCGAACGACACCCAUAUCAAAGGUUCGAGUCCAACUUGGAUGUUGGAGAUCCAUUGGUGGCCAAGGAGUUAUUCGUUACUGCUGAUGGAAGCCUUCGUAUAAAGGACGGGCACUACGGCAAAUUCUGGAGGCGUAGCCCUAACUGGAUCUGGGCUGAUGCAUCAUCCGAAAACACGUCCGACGACACUUUGUUUUGGCCUGUCAAAAUCCAAGACAAUGUCAUUGCUCUUCGCAACUUGGGUAACAAAAAUUUUUGCGGUGGACUCACCACCGAAUACAAAACCAACUGUCUCAACGCCGCCUACCCUAAUAUCUGUAAACAGUCAAAGCUGGUGGUGGAAGAGCUUGUUCUUUCAAGGAACAUCUACAAUAUCAAUUUCCGACUCUCCGACUCCAGGAUCUACCACGAGCAGGUCAUAGAAAUGGACACAGCUCUCGCCGUUAAUGACAGCCCAAACAGAGACUCCACUAUCAGCCUCAAGUUUGCGGAAAAAGAUUCCAGGACCCGUAGUUGGAAUGGCAGCGUUUCAUUGAAGUUGGGUGUCAAAACAACUCUCGAAGUCAAAUCUGUUCCACUAAUUCUUGACGGAAAGAUCGAACUUUCGGCUGAGGUUACGACAGCAUGCCAGUGGGGAGAAACUACCACAGUUGAACAUACCAGGGAAGCCAAUUAUGCUGUUGUUGUGCCACCACUAUCCAAGAUGAAGGUGAGUCUCAUAGCUUCAAGGGCUUCAUGCGAUGUGCCCUUCUCGUACAGUCAGCGUGACAUUCUCACUGAUGGCCGAACCGUUACCAAAACCAUGGAUGAUGGCCUUUUCACUGGGAUUAAUGCCUACAAAUUUGACUACCAAAACCAGGCAUCCUACGAUGGCCAGCCUCUCUCUGUCUCUAGCCCAUGGAGGCUCCCGCGCGCUGUGUACUUUGGGAUUUGUGUGAUUCUGGUGUUUAGUGUGUUGCUGCCUUGGCUGCAUUUGGUGUAA